UGAUCCGGGAAUUAACGAAGCAAUGCCCGGGGCUUAUAUGCCGGCCAAUGAACCGGUUUAUGAUGAGCCACACUUGAAUCGGGCAGCUUUCAGAGCUGCUAUCAAUCCACGAAGUGAACGACGAAAAAUAGCCAUCGAUGUACUCGGAAGACGGUUUCGUCAUACAGUCAAAGUCUUCAAGAAAGGUGUACCGGUUGGCGGUCGAGGACAGGAAGUAAUGGGCGAACAAUCAGAAGCUCCGCAUUUGGAUGUCAUUGAUAAACACGUGUCGAAUAUUAUUAGUUUGGAUAUGAGUGACGCCGGUAGCGAUUGCGAUUUUAUUACCCGAAUUAGCACUUCCACAGAAGGCGUCCACACUUAUCGAUAGGAGUACCGCUGCUCUCAACCUAUUAUGCACUUUGGAUACAUUGACGACUGCACAUCAAUUGGGAUGUACCAUUGAAGAGGUGGAUCAAAGUAAGAACAAAGUUUGCAAACCGUUAACUAAAGACGACUAUUCAUCAGUUUGUCGUUUUGAGAGCCACGGAGGAGGUUGGGGUUUUUCUAGUCAUUCGAUAGAAGCGAUUAGAUUUAUGGCCGACACAGACAUAUUGUUGGGAGGGUUUGGUUUGUUUGGUGGUCGCGGAGAAUAUACGGCAAAAUUAAAACUGUUUGAUAUCGGACCGGAUGGCGGGGAACAAGAGGGCGACGGAGAGAUAUUAACCGAAACCGAUGAGAUAUCAUUCGAAUGCGCCGCCAGACAAAAGUAUCCGAUACUGUUUGAAGAGCCGCUACCACUUCAAGCAAAUAAAUGGUAUGUCGCGUGGGCUCGCAUUUCUGGUCCCAGUAGUGAUUGUGGAUCAAGUGGUCAGUCAGUAGUGAAUACAGAAGAUCAGGUUGUCUUCUAUUUCAAGAGCUCUAAAAAGUCUAACAAUGGAACCGAUGUAAAUGCGGGACAAAUACCACAACUGCUCUAUAAAGUGAUGUCAACUGGAAUUGAAUCUUCGAGUCGUUUCUCAAAUCGCAAUGAAACCAACGACUUAUACGAAGAGUCCAUUUGUAUAGUUAGUAAAGAUUUUUCAUUAACCGUUAAAACGGAAUGCUUUCAAUCGCUUCUGAAACUAUUGCGAUGGAGUUGGAAGUCAUUUAAAUCAAUUGUUUGUGAUAUGAGUCGCACCGGUAGUACGGAAUACAGCGAUUCAAUGGGUGAUAAUGUGAUACAAUUGAAGCACUUGACGUACAUUUGUUGUUCGGCACUUCAUUUGCUUAAUGUCUAUAUUAACGAAAUCUAUCCAAACCGUCACAAUCCGGGCAAAAGUAUUACCCAAAUGAACGACUGGUUACGACUGGCCGAAUGCAUAUACGAAGUGAGGACACAGUUGAAGCACAUACUGUCGUCACCACCCGAACCACCGCCACGUAAUCAUUCGUUUACCGGUGAAGUGAAUGCUUUUGUAUCGCAAAUUAUGGACGAAAGUCACGAAACAUUCCUCUCGUGUUACCAUUCCUUCUAUCCGAACGGUUCGCUCAGAUGGCGAGCGCUUUGCGAUCUUUUGCUUAACGACGACAAUAGGUUAUCGCAAAAGUUUUGUUCCUAUUUAUUGUCUGCAAUGUUAGCCGCUUUGUGUCGACCGUGUGUUCGCUUAACCCAAACGUUUCCCAUUAUGAAUGGUUUGGAUGUCUAUAAUCUUCAGAGUCCUUCUGAACUUCAGAGUCCUAUUUCUGAUUUAGGCAUAAGUUAUGAGAAUUCUGUAUUAAACGAAAAAAUUCAGGAAAAGACUGACGAAGAAGGGUGUCAUUCGGGAACUGAGUGUUCAUUUCGUGAUAUUUUCAAUAAUUUGCUUAAAAUAAUCGGUCAACCGAUUAGGUAUAGUCUACAACAAGAGAGCAAUACAUUGGACAUGGAUUUAGAAUCAGAAAUAGAGUCCGACAACAGUUAUACACAAUUAGUCGAGAAUUCGUGUAAUCUUAUCAUAACAAUUAUGUCUGAAUUGGUGGCUCAGGUGACUGGAAUCGGGUUUGACUCACACGUGAUGAGUGGCCAACAAUUACAUUUAACUCCGUCCAGAUUUUCGCGUAUUUCACAGAACAGGACGUGGAAUACAGGCAAUGGAUCUCCCGAUGCUAUUUGUUUUUCAGUAGACAGAGCAGGCAUUUCUAUUGCUGGUAUUACAGUUUAUGGAGGUAUUGGUAAUGAAUGGCACUAUGAACUGGAAUUACUUGAUUAUAAUGGAGUUGCCGUUCACGACGAUAAGUCAUUAUCACGCGAUGGACAGUCACACUCAUGGCGUACCAUAGAGUUAGUGAAAGGCACCUAUAGUUUUGAAGAUAAAUCCAGUGAUGUCUGUGAAAUGAAAUUCGACAGAUCAGUAUUGAUUGCACCAAAUGUUAAGUAUGCCAUACGUCUCAAAAAUCACGGCCCGCGCACUAACAACGGUGACGCCGGACUCACACAUAUCAGAGGAGCCGACGGAACAACCUUUACGUUCAGUGACUGUUCGCUAAGUUUUAACGGAACUAAUCAUACGAGAGGACAAAUACCACAGAUUCUAUACUAUAGUACCCCUCAGUCUAGUAAAAGUGAUUCAAAACAUUUUGUUAUUAAUGAAGAAAUUCCCGCAAAAAUGCCAUCGCUAUCACCGAAAGUGUUAUCUCAUUAACUGUAGAUCUGU